AUGAGACAACCGCCUUCGCUGCCUCACCUGACAAGCCGGUGCUGCCAUAUCCUGACAUUUGCACGAGCCUGGAUUCCUGCCGAGCAGCUUGCGGCUUCAAUAAGAACCACCACGUCAGCAACUAUUAUCACCUCUCAAAAUGGUCGAGAUUUGGACCACCGGAUUACAGCCUAUCACCGCUUUCUUGCCAAGAGUGCCAAUAACCACCUCCCUUUCCCCACGGGGACCGGGAUUGUAAAGGAUCCGGAGAUGAAGAUGGAUCCGGAGAUGAAGAUCUCAAGUGUUUCCAGCCUUUCAUCAAGUCCGGUUUGCAUCGCAUUGUUGGUGACGGUGUCUUUAGCCACUUCAGUCCCUGGACCCUACUCGCGACGAGUAUCGUCAGCAGGGUCUCAGGACCCUGACGAUCCCGUCGGCUCGACCGUGGGAUGGACGCUGACUGGUGUGCGCAGCGUGACCUUGUACUUCCGUAUUGAAUUCCCGUUCGCCGGCCGCUGA